GCACAUUUCAACACUCCUCACGAUUGCAUUAUGGAGCCUUCACGCGGGCAAUCAUGGCUCACAAUCGGAGCUUCCGCGGCGGCUGCUGCUUUUGCCUACCUAGUCAUCAAAUUCAUCCAGCAUCGGCGCUUCUACAAGGACCUGCCAAAACCACCCUACGACUUCAUUUGGGGUCACUUAAAGCUCAUGGGCGAAAUCACGUCGCUGUUCCCAAGCAACUGCCACGUGCAAGUGUACAUCACCACCAUAUCUCGGAAAUACAAGUUACCUGGUCUUUGGUACCUCGAUCUCUGGCCCCUUGGACCUACUUUCCUUGUUAUCACAGACCCUGACCUGGCUCUUUAUAUCACCGUUCAAAAGAAUCAUCCAAAACACCCCGUUGAGCAGGAGUUUAUUGCCCCGAUCGUGGGCGAGAACAACAUAGUCGCCGCAGAGGGGCCGGCCUGGAAGUAUCUUCAUAACAUGCUCGCUCCUCCGUUUGCCAUUUCAGCAGUCAGAAACUUGGCUGAGAUGAUGUCAGAGGAAGUCAUGGUUUUUCGAUCGACCCUCCACAAGUUGGCCAAGACCCGAGAAGUGUUCCGCUUAGAGGAUAUUUCCAGCAAUCUAACCUUUGACGUAGUCGCUAAAGCUACUUUCGGAUUCUCUUUGAAUGCCCAGACCAAGGGUAAUCCAGCUAUACAUGAUUUCAGUGAGAUCUGUCGUGCGUUCGUGAUUGAGAAGAACAGUUGGAACUUCGUAAAGAAGUUUUUUGCGACACGAAAGAGAAAGUCUGCGACGAAACGACUGGAUUCCCAAUUGGAAAAGAUGAUUCGAGAAAGGUUCGUAGUCCUGCAGAGAGAUAAUGUGGACGUCUCACAGAAGCGCGGUCUAAGCAUUGCGGAUCUCAUCCUUCGGGAACGUAUCAACGAAGGACGAGACCUUAAUCCCGAAUUCAUGGAAACUGCAAUCACAAGCAUCAAGACAAUGCUGCUGGGAGGCACUGGCACAACCACAGAUACUGUCUGCUUCAUUUUCAUGCUUCUCUCGGUUCACCCAGAAAUUGUGGAAAAGCUUCGCGAAGAGCACGACCGCGUUUUCACUCCCGGAAUCGACGCUACGUAUGCUAUGAUUCAGGACUCUUCCCAGAAGCUAAGCGAGCUUACAUAUACAACUAAUGUCAUCAAGGAAACGCUUCGCUUCUAUCCAGUGGGAAACACUGCUCGGGGAGAAGACGCUACGGGAUUUGUUACCUACAAAGGCCAACAAUACUCGACCAAAGGCCAUAUAAUCCUUCCAGUGCAGCACUCCAUGCAGAACAAUCCGGACGUAUUCCCAAAUCCGAAGGCCUUCGACCCAGACCGAUUCACCCGCGAAGACUUUAUACGACACGCAUGGCGUCCAUUCGAACGCGGUCCCCGAGCUUGCCUAGGUCAGGCACUAGCUAUGGAUGAGUUGAGGAUUAUUCUCUUGUUGACGGUGCGAGAGUUCGACUUCCAAUGCGCGGAUAUCAAGCCAAACAGGAAGCCGAGGGUGGAGUGGACUGAUUUAGACGUCACCUUUGGAGAUCGUGCAUUCCAGGAAUUCAUCUUCGAGGCAAAGCCUAGGGAUGGAAUGAAGAUGACUGUUCGGGAGAGCGGUAAAGGAGUGGAUUAA